GUUUAUUUUAAAAAUAUUAUUGUUUAUACAUCAACAUAGAAACUAUAAUGUUUAUACAGAAAUCUUAGUUCUUUCAGUUAAACCUCAUGUAAACCAUUUAUCUUAAAUUACUGACAGCAGUUCAGUACAAUACAGAAGUUUUAUGUUUUUCUUCAGCUUCCUAUGAAUUAUUAGAUCUAAUAUUUAUUUUCAUGCAAGUUGAAAGAAAAAUUUAUAACCUUUGAACUUUAAGUCACCAUAUGAACUUUUGAAAUAAACAUUCAGAAUCACGUUCCUACAAACCGGUUAUAAUAUCCUUUAUGAUCCUAUAUUGUAAUUUUUAUAGGUCAAGGCUAAAAUAACAAGUCUUAUCAUCUUACAUGUGAUAAAAUUAUGACAAUACUUAGCAAUAAAAAGUCUGGGCUCCUAUUUAAGUGUCAAACAGCAGAGUGGACCUCCAGAGACACUGAGGAUGGAAAUGAAAAUGUUUUUCCCGUUGCUGCUGCUAGUCUGCUCCGUCUCUACAGCUGAGCUGCAAGUUCAGUCUGACAAUGACAUUCUGUCACAUGUAAGACAAACUGAGGGAAAAGUGGAAGAAGCAGAGAGUCUGACUGAGCAGCAGACCUGCACACAGGACAUCAAUGCUGUUCUGAGAGAGAUGACCGCCUUGGUGGCUGCACUGAAGGUGGAGGUGCAGCACCUACAGAAAGACAAUGAAGCACAAGAAACUCAGAUCAAAGAACUGCAGGAUCACAAUCGAGUUCAGGCAGCAGAACUGGCUGCUAUUAAAGUCAACGCUGAAAACCAAGUGGAGGCUCUGAAGAGAGAAGGAGAAGCCAAACAACUGGCUUUCUCUGCCUCUUUGUUGGCAUCGGGUCAAGAAUACACUGGACCGUUCAACACCGAUAUAACUCUGAUCUUCAGAAAUGUUGUCACUAAUAUUGGGAAUGCCUACAACCCAAAUACAGGACUGUUCAUUGCACCAGUUAGAGGAGUUUAUCACUUUGACUUCCACAUAUAUGGAGGUGGUUCUACUACUAAUCCUACAUCUGCUGUGUUGGUGAAGAACGGAGAGCAAAUCUGUGUAUCAUGGACACGUCAGCCUGCUGGUGGUCAGAAAGCUUCUAAUGGCGUCUCACUGCUGUUAGAAAUUGGAGAUGUUGUAUUUUUGCGAAUGAGGGCCAAUUCAAGGAUUUAUGACAAUACAGAUCAUCACACUACCUUUAGUGGUCAUUUACUUUUCACCAUGUAAGCAUCUAACAUGAUUUUUAUUACAAUCUGUGACAUGAGCACAAUAAACAAACAUCUGCAUCAAAAAUUCAGUUAUGGAAAUGAUUAAUUUGUAAAAUAACAGAGUUGAUCACAGUUUUGUUAAAUGUGUCGUUUGAUUUGUAUUUGGGAUUUUAUUUUAUUCAUUUAUUUAUUUAUUUUUUGCUGUAGUUUAAGUCUAAAUUAGGACAUAAAAGCUGAACAAGAUCAUCUGAUUUAAAGUGUCAUUUACAACUUUUAUGAAAACUGCAGGAACAAACUGUCUAUUUGAACCACAUUGUUUCAUUUUCUGAUUAAACAAACAGUGGAAACAGUAAUAAGGGAUUUCUUUCAAAUGUGUGUAUAAUUCAAGUCAAUUCCAUUAAUUGUGUUACAUCUUAAACAAUUUAAAAGAUGACUUUUUUUUUCUACGUGUAUCUGAAACUUUGUGAUUUUUUAAAAAGAGAAAUAUCAGUGACUCUGACUAAAAUUUAGACAAAUCAGAGCUUUCAAAGGUCUAAGUCAAAAU